UAACCAUAGAUGAGGAUGGCCAUUUACAUUCCGCUCAAAGGUCCAAGAAGUCCCUGUGACCACAUGGGAUUAGGACACAUUAAGCAGUGCUUGCUGCAUUCGAGACCUCCUGCUCCUGGCUCUGCCAAGCCCAACGGGAGCUCCUUGGGCAGCUGACUUGCUCAGCCAGGAGCUAAGCUGAAAAGCAGUCGUGCUUUUCAGCCCAGCACAGGCUAAGGCGCUAAGCUGCACCUCCUGGAGCCCUCCCGGAGACCAGACUUGGCUCGGACAAGCGUCUCGGGUCCUGUCCAGGUCUUUCCUCUCCACAGGCUGGAUCAUGGAUGUGUGUCUCAGCUCCGCGAAGCAGCCCCAGUGCCUGGGGCAGGCACCGAGGUCCCCAGGCGGCUGGCCAGAUGCUGAGGAGGGGGGCAGUGUCUCAGAGGAUGGCACCGGGGGACCCGCAGCAGAUUCUAACAAGACAGAGACAUCUCUUCAAAGCCUCCUGAAAUUCAUCCCUACAGAUUAUGCCAGCUACACUCUGGAGCAUUAUCAGUUUGCAGGCAAGAGCAUCGUCAUGCAAGAGUCCAUAGAGAGCUACGGAGCGGUGGUAUGGCCGGGGGCUACGGUUUUGUGUCAGUAUUUGGAGGAACAUACAGAGGAACUGAAUCUCCGGGACGCUAAAGUCCUUGAAAUCGGUGCUGGGCCAGGCCUUGUUUCCGUUGUAGCCAGUAUUUUAGGAGCUCAAGUCACAGCAACAGACCUGCCAGACGUACUAGGAAACCUUCAGUACAACCUGCUGAAAAACACGCUGAAAUGGACGGCCCAUGUGCCUGAAGUGAAAGAGCUGGUGUGGGGGGAAGACCUGGAAGAGAACUUCCCCAAGGCCACGUCGUACUACAGCUACGUCCUGGCCUCCGACGUGGUCUACCCCCACUACUUCCUGGACAAGCUGCUCGGCACCAUGGUGCACCUGUGCCGGCCUGGGACGGCGGUGCUGUGGGCGAACAAGUUCAGGUUCAGCAGUGAUUACGAAUUUUUAGACAAAUUCAAGCAAGUUUUCGAUACAACUCUCUUAGUCGAAUAUCCAGAGUCAUCAGUCAAGCUUUUUAAGGGCACACUAAAGUGGGACUAAAUGAAACCACGAUGUUUUUCUAAAUAUUAACAUGCCUGUAGGGCUGCAGCAACUGCACUGGCCACAGACUUGCUUUCGAAGGUGCAUGGAAACAGCUGUACGCCCAGCGCCCACACUAACAGCACUGCAGCAACUUCCAGAAUUAAGAUUAUCUGGCUAGCCUAAAUGUCUACUGAGAAUACGUAAGCCACAAAAAUAGCUUUGCUGACUUCCAAAAUAAGUUUUGCAGGUGAAAGGGGGUUUCCCUCUUGUUAUUUGUGCCGCGGAGCCUGGGUUUCCCCGUUACUUCUGCCGCGGAGCCUGGGUUUCACAGCUCAUGUCUUUUUGCCGUGUGCUUUCUGACACCAUUGAAGAGAGAGGGCACAGAGUGCCAGCAAACAGCUACAGGCUGAACUCUGAUUAAAAGUGAUGCGCACAGAGACCGCUGGAACGAGGAAGGAGUACGCUAGGGAUUCCAACGAACUUAGAUGCUUCCCCUCUGUAUCAAUUACCCAUGACAAUUAGAAGUUAAUCUCUGGGUCAUCUGCUUUUUUCUCAUUUUUAUAGUAAGAUUCUAGGAAGGAAUGGCUAACAGAUUUUUUUUUCUGAUAACUGAAUAUACAUUGAAAAGAAUCAGUUAUAAUAAAAUUAAGCUCCUUUGAGAUUGGGAAAAUAUUCCACCCACUAUCGUUUAUUACUAUUACACUGGAGAUUUCAGAUAAUGUGGCUUUAAAAAACCCCAAAAUGUGCAAAUUUGAAAUGAAACACUAUACAGGGAUGACAGGACUACGUCAGGCCAGGGUCAGCAAAUGUUUUCUGGAAGGGUCAGCUCAUAAACAUUUUAGGCCUGCCAGCUACAUGCUGUUUCUACAGAAUAUUCCUUGUUACCUGGCUUUUACAGUCACUUAUAAAAAGGUAAGAACCAUUCCUGGCCAGCAAAGAUAGGUUGUGGGUUGAAUGAAGCCCACAGUCAUAGUUUGCUGGUCCUGCCACUCUAUGCAGUCUACAAGCGAAGGCUACCAAGUGUCAAUAUGCAAAGCUCAAUUUUGCUUAUAUGUUUUAAAUACAAGUAGUUAGAAAAUAAAAUUUAAAUAAAGAGAUCAUUUAUGCUAGCAAUACUACAUGCAAAAACAUCUUAAAAACUGUAUAACAUUAUUGAGCAAAAUUAAAGAUAGCCCAACAGCAAGAAACCCAUGCAGGAACACUGGGAUUCAUUGAAAGGUGUCACUGGCCUCCACCCUGAUCCACACAGGCGAUGUGAAGUUGUCACCCAAAUGCCAGCAUGCAUCCCAUGUCUAGAAUUGGCCCAGCUGACUCUAAACGUGAAGGCCCAGAGGAGGCAGGACAUCCCCGAAAGAGAGGCAGGAGGUUGGCUCCUACUUAGGUGAGACACACUUUAGUAAGACUUUUCUUGUGUGUGUGUGCCAGGGAUUGAACUCGGGACCCUGCCCUUGCCGGGCCCGGGGCUUACGCUACUGAGCUAGCUCCCUGGAGUGUCAAGGUGCAAUUUAAAGAUGGGAUAAACUGAGAUUCAACAGUACUUCAGGUAACAAAUGCUUUUGUUUAGCAAGAUUUUGUUUUCAUUUACAUGCUCUGUUGGGUGACAAACAUGAAUGUGGCCAUCUUUUCCAGAAUUGUGGAACAAAUUAAGUUGGUGAACCAAGGCACCACUGCAGCACUAGUAUUGAUCGCUAAUAUUAAUAUGUAGUGCUAUUUUCAGAAUGAACUUUUAUGCUCCCUAUAAAAAUUAAAUUUCUGCAAAUUUAAGGGACAAAUGGAUAUUCUAGUCAUAAUUUCAGAGAUUUAAUGGGCUCCAUUUUCUUAAUUGCAGUUGCCUAUUAAGAACAGGACUCUCAGACCAGGACACAGCACCUGUCUGGCAAGCAUGAGGUCCUGAGUUUAAUUCCAG